AUGGCUACAUCCUGGUGCGCCCUUCGGGGACCCCGCCAGCUGGCCCUGCGCGCCCGACUACCCUUGUCGUCGCCCAUGGCGAUGCGCAGAGCCACUCCCCCCUUCCUUCGCUCCCUUCACACGACCACACAACCCUCCCCCUCCUCACGACGACCCGUCUACACGAGCUCCGUUGCCGAUCAUGGCGUCCCUCACCCCCCCGAUCUAUUCCAGCCCCUCGAUACUUUCCCCAGACGUCACAUUGGCCCCUCUCCAGAUGCCGCCAAGGAGAUGCUGGCUACCCUGAACCCCCCGGUAGCCUCGCUCGAUGAGUUCGUCAAACAAGUGCUCCCGGCGGACAUUCUCUCCAAGAAGGAUCUCAAAGUGGCGGCUCCGCAUUCGACUGCGAACCUUCCUCAUAGCAGCGUGCAUGGUGGGUUGGGGGAAACGGAUAUGUUGAAACUCCUGGAUACCUACCGCAAACAAAUUGACGUUUCGGGCAAGGUCUACCUCGGGACUGGCUACUACCCGACCAUUGUGCCUCCGGUCAUUCUUCGCAAUAUCCUAGAGAACCCGGCAUGGUACACCAGCUACACCCCCUACCAACCAGAGAUCAGUCAGGGUCGCCUGGAGUCGCUCCUAAACUUCCAGACGCUCACGGCUGAUCUCACCGGGCUGGCUUUCGCCAAUGCCUCGGUCCUGGAUGAAGGUACAGCGGCCGCUGAAGCCAUGACCAUGUCCUUGGCCACCCUGCCAAUGUCAAAGCAGAAAAAGGCCGGCAAAGCUUACGUCGUGUCUCAUCUCUGCCAUCCCCAAACCAUUGCGGUGAUGCGCUCGCGGGCAGAGGGAUUUGGCAUCAACUUGGUGGUUGGAGACAUUCUGGCGGAUGAGUUCAAGCUGGUCAAGGAGCAGGGAGACAACCUCAUCGGCGUGCUGGCUCAAUACCCGGACACCGAGGGUGGUAUUUACGACUUCCAGAGCUUGAGUGACACGAUCCACAGCAACGGCGGCACCUUCAGCGUUGCGACGGACCUGUUGGCUCUGACUCUUCUUAAGGCUCCCGGCGAGUUUGGUGCGGAUAUUGCGUUUGGCAGUGCUCAGAGACUGGGCGUGCCUAUGGGAUACGGCGGGCCUCAUGCAGCGUUCUUCGCCUGUGCGGACAAGUACAAGCGCAAGGUCCCCGGCCGUGUUGUGGGUGUGUCGAAAGACCGCCUGGGCAAUCGUGCCCUGCGAUUGGCCCUUCAGACCAGAGAGCAGCAUAUUCGCCGUGAGAAGGCCACCAGCAACAUUUGCACGGCGCAGGCCCUUCUCGCCAACAUGAGCGCCAUGUAUGCCGUCUACCAUGGACCUGCCGGUUUGAAGGCUAUUGCUCAGCGUAUCAUGUCGAUGACCACCACUCUGCAGGCCAAGCUCGCAUCAUUGGGCUACAGCACUCCGGUCAAGUCCAACACGGCGGAUGGCGGCGCCCUCUUUGACACGGUUGUCGUCGAGCUGUCCAGCAGCCAGGAUACUGAUGCUAUCGUUGCUGCUGCACGGGAACAGUCCAUCUUCCUCCGCCGUCUGAAUGAUACGAAGGUCGGAAUCUCUUUGGAUGAGACCGUCGGUCGUGAGGAAGUGAAGUCCAUUCUGCAAGUGUUCGCAGCCCACGCCUCCAAGAACGAGGUUGGCUUGGAAGAGGAUCUUGGUGUUGCCCCUAUCCCCGCCAGCCUGGAACGUACAUCGUCCUACCUGACCCACCCUGUGUUCAACACUCACCACUCGGAGACGGAGAUGCUGCGUUACAUUCGUCACCUGGAGUCGAAGGAUCUAUCCCUGGCUCAUUCCAUGAUUCCUCUAGGUUCGUGCACAAUGAAGCUCAACGCAACCACGGAGAUGAUUCCGGUUUCCUGGCCCGAGUUCUCGCAGAUGCACCCCUUCCUGCCGGCCGAUGUGGCCAAGGGAUACACCCAGAUGAUCGACGAUCUUGAGCAGCAGCUGGCGGACAUCACCGGUAUGGCCGAGGUUACUGUACAGCCCAACUCCGGCGCACAGGGUGAGUUCGCUGGUCUGCGUGUCAUUAAGAAGUACCAGGAGGCCCACGGAGGCGACAAGCGCAACAUUUGCCUAAUCCCUGUCUCCGCUCAUGGCACGAACCCUGCCAGUGCGGCCAUGGCUGGUAUGCGCGUGGUUACGAUCAAAUGUGACACCAAGACUGGCAAUUUGGACUUGGAAGACCUGAAGGCCAAGUGUGAGAAGCACAAGGACGAGCUGGCUGCCGUGAUGAUCACCUACCCCAGCACCUUCGGUGUGUAUGAGCCUGGCAUUAAGCAGGCCUGUGAGAUUGUGCACCAGCAUGGCGGUCAGGUCUACAUGGACGGCGCCAACAUGAACGCUCAGAUCGGUCUGUGCUCUCCUGGCGAGAUCGGCGCCGAUGUGUGCCACCUGAACUUGCACAAGACCUUCUGUAUCCCCCACGGUGGCGGUGGCCCGGGUGUAGGCCCCAUCGGUGUUGCUGAGCACCUGAGGCCCUAUCUCCCGUCUCACCCGGGUAGCGAGUACCUUCAGUCCAAGCGCACUGAAUCGUCCUCGCCCCCGAUCAGCGCCGCCCCCUGGGGUAGCGCCAGCAUCCUGCCCAUUACUUUCAACUACAUCAACAUGAUGGGAUCCAAGGGCCUCACGCAUGCGACAAAGAUUACGUUGCUCAACGCCAACUAUAUCCUCGCGCGCCUCCAGGACCACUACCCUAUCCUGUACACGAACGAGAAUGGCCGCUGCGCGCACGAAUUCAUCCUCGAUGUGCGCAAGUUCAAGGACACCUGCGGCAUCGAGGCCAUUGAUAUCGCCAAGCGUCUUCAGGAUUACGGCUUCCACGCCCCGACCAUGUCGUGGCCCGUUGCCAACACCUUGAUGAUCGAGCCUACCGAGUCGGAGAACAAGGCGGAGCUCGACCGAUUCUGCGAUGCUCUUAUUUCCAUCCGAGAGGAGAUUGCGGCUGUGGAGAGCGGCGCUCAGCCUCGGGAGGGCAACGUGCUGAAGCUGGCACCGCACACCCAGCGCGACCUUUUGGCGGGCGAGUGGACCCGGCCGUACUCUCGCGAGGCGGCGGCGUACCCGUUGCCCUACCUUCUUGAGAAGAAGUUCUGGCCAUCGGUGACGCGUGUGGAUGAUGCCUAUGGCGACCAGAACCUCUUCUGCACCUGCGGACCGGUGGAGGAUACCGAGUAA